UAAAGUUACGUUGACGAAAUUUGAAACCAAGAUGGCGGUAUGCAUACCGCUGUCUUUAAAGAUGUCACCCUCAGCUUCGCUGGGCUUUAGGUUUCUUUUGACAGAGCAAUAUUCUUCCCGAAAGCUGCUAAACUAUUUGACAGGGCUCUGCAGACGAGGUUACUCGGGGAAAGCCCAGCAGGCGGUGGAAGAGAGCGGUGUAAGCGCCGCCGGCUUCAGCGGCCCUCUGGAUCACUACAGCGGGCUGAUCAGAGACGGGUCACUGCGGGAGGAUGAACAUCAGAAAGCGGUGCUGCAGACACUGGACCAGCUCCACAAAACACUCAGAGGAUACAGUAACACACCGACAUCUAUCUUCUCCAAGUUUUUCACAAAACCGAAGCCUCCAAAAGGUUACUACAUCUACGGUGAUGUUGGUAAGAGAGAUGGGCUGCAGAGUUACAAAUGCACAGGAAAAACAAUGGUGAUGGACAUGUUUUAUUCAUAUGUUGAGACUGAAAAGAAAAAGAGGGUUCAUUUCCACGGCUUUAUGUUGGACGUGCAUAAAAGGAUCCAUCGGCUGAAACAGAGUAUGCCAAAGAGGAAAGCUGGGAAAAUGGCCAAAUCCUAUGACCCCAUUGCGCCAGUUGCUGAGGAGAUCAGUGAGGAGGCUUGUCUUCUGUGCUUUGAUGAGUUUCAGGUCACUGAUAUCGCUGAUGCCAUGAUUCUCAAGCAGCUUUUUGAGAACCUGUUUCUGAACGGUGUUGUUGUCGUGGCCACUUCUAAUCGCCCCCCUGAAGACUUGUAUAAAAACGGGCUGCAGAGAGUCAACUUCGUGCCUUUUAUUGCUGUGUUGCAGAAAUAUUGCCAAACUCUCCGCCUGGAUUCUGGGAUAGAUUACCGUAAAAGGAACAGACCCUCUGCUGGAAAACUCUACUUUCUCUCCAGUGAGCCUGGUGUAGAAGCGAGACUAGACAAGAUGUUUGAUGAGCUGGCUUUUAAACAAAAUGACAUAACACGACCAAGAGUUCUGAAUGUUAACAACAGGAAAGUCCGUCUGAACAAAGCAUGUGGGACCAUUGCAGACUGUACGUUUGAGGAGCUGUGUGACAGACCUUUAGGGGCCAGUGACUACCUGGAGAUGUCCAGGCUGUUUGACACCAUCUUUAUUCGACACAUUCCUCUGCUGACGCUGAACAAGAAAACUCAAGCCAGGCGGCUCAUAACUCUCGUGGAUGCCCUCUACGACCACAAGGUCCGAGUGGUGAUUCUUGCAGAUCACCCACUGGAGGAAAUGUUUGUACACAAUGGUGAUCAUGGUCAUGACGAGAGCCACAUUCUGAUGGACGAUCUGGGGCUGAAAAGGGAUGAAGCCAGCAGUCUGUCCAUCUUCAGUGGAGAAGAGGAAAGAUUUGCCUUCCAGCGGACAGUGUCUCGACUCACAGAGAUGCAGACAGAAGAAUAUUGGGUAGAAGGAGACAGAAGCACAAAAUCACAGGUGUAACAUUUGGGAAAAGUCGACCAUGUUACACAACCUCCAUACUCCAUAAACUGUGUACUCCUGCCAAAAACAGCCCAGACCGAACACUACUCCUACUCAUCUUAUCCAGCACAAACCUAAUGGGACUGCUCAACAGUAUGUGUGCAAGUGUUGUACAGAGAAUAUUUAUUGAAAAAGGCCUUUUAUGAUUUUAUUGUGACAUUGCACUUUACGGAUCAUUUUUAAGGUAAACUUUAGUGUUUCAUAUUGCUUUUAACUCAGUAUCACAUAGUGGUCCAACUGUAUUGACUUUUAUAAAACUGUAAGAAAGAGCUGGAUGACUUUUGGAAAUGGAUUCACAAAGGACUGUUAUGAAGAUUUAAGGGACAUUUUAAUUUUACCUCUUUUGAGCUAAAUAAUGUUUAUGAAAAUAUUUAAUGCAUCUCAAUGAGUUGUAUAUAAUUCUAAUGUAAGCCUAAAUACAGUGGCAGCAUAUUGGUAAGGGGA